UAGGCAACUGGGACGCUGCUGCCACUGCCCUGCCACUGCCCUCCUGCAAACCACGGGGCCUCCAGCACCUCAAUCCAAGUCUACGGACCUACUCAGGGCCCAGGCUCAGCCAAGAAUGAGCCGCAGCGUGGGAGAGAUGACCCAGUCUGCCUCUUCCUCCCCUGGCGAGGGAGCUACCUUCGAGCAUCUGUGGAGUUCUCUGGAGCCAGACAGCACCUACUUCGACCUUCCCCAGCCCAGCAGGGGGAACAGAGAGGCAGUGGGCAAUGAGGAGACCAGCAUGGAUGUCUUCCACCUGCCGGGCAUGGUGAGUCAAAUCAUGGCCCAGUUCAAUUUGCUCAGCAGCGCCAUGGACCAGAUGGGCAGCCGCGCGGCCCCGGCCAGCCCCUACACCCCAGAGCACGCUGCCAGCGCACCCACCCACUCGCCCUACGCGCAGCCCAGCUCCACUUUCGACACCAUGUCUCCAGCGCCUGUCAUCCCUUCCAACACUGACUACCCUGGCCCCCACCACUUCGAGGUCACCUUCCAGCAGUCCAGCACAGCCAAGUCAGCCACCUGGACGUACUCCCCACUUUUGAAGAAGCUGUAUUGUCAGAUUGCCAAGACGUGCCCUAUCCAGAUCAAGGUGUCCACGCCGCCACCCCCGGGCACGGCCAUCAGAGCCAUGCCUGUCUACAAGAAGGCAGAGCACGUGACCGACAUCGUUAAACGCUGCCCCAACCACGAGCUUGGCAGGGACUUCAAUGAAGGACAGUCUGCCCCGGCUAGCCAUCUCAUCCGAGUAGAAGGCAACAACCUCUCCCAGUAUGUGGAUGACCCUGUCACCGGCAGGCAAAGCGUGGUUGUACCCUACGAACCCCCACAGGUGGGGACAGAAUUCACCACCAUCCUGUACAACUUCAUGUGUAACAGCAGCUGCGUAGGGGGCAUGAACCGGAGGCCUAUCCUCGUUAUCAUCACCUUGGAGACCCGGGAUGGACAGGUUCUGGGCCGCCGGUCUUUCGAGGGUCGCAUCUGCGCCUGUCCUGGCCGUGACCGCAAAGCCGAUGAAGACCACUACCGCGAGCAGCAGGCCCUGAAUGAGAGCGCCACGAAGAACGGGGCUGCCAGUAAACGUGCAUUCAAGCAGAGCCCUCCAGCCAUCCCGGCCCUGGGCGCUAACGUGAAGAAGAGGAGGAAUGGGGAUGAGGACAUGUUCUACAUGCAUGUGCGAGGCCGGGAGAACUUUGAGAUCUUGAUGAAAGUCAAGGAGAGCCUCGAACUGAUGGAACUUGUACCACAGCCUCUGGUCGACUCCUAUCGACAGCAGCAGCAGCAGCAGCUCCUACAGAGGCCGAGUCACCUGCAGUCGUCAUCCUAUGGGCCCGUCCUCUCCCCGAUAAACAAGGUACAUGGUGGCGUCAACAAGCUGCCCUCCGUCAACCAGCUGGUGGGCCAGCCUCCACCACACAGCUCGGCAGCUGGGCCCAACCUGGGACCCAUGGGCUCCGGGAUGCUCAACAGUCACAGCCACACCAUGACAGCCAAUGGUGAGAUGAACGGCGGCCACGGCUCCCAGACCAUGGUUUCGGGGUCACACUGCACCCCGCCACCCCCCUAUCACGCAGACCCAAGCCUCGUCAGUUUUUUAACAGGAUUGGGGUGUCCAAACUGCAUCGAAUGUUUCACCUCCCAAGGGUUACAGAGCAUCUACCACCUGCAGAACCUCACCAUAGAGGACCUCGGGGCCCUGAAAAUCCCUGAUCAGUACCGCAUGACCAUCUGGAGGGGCCUGCAGGACCUGAAGCAGAGCCAUGACUGCGGGCAGCAGCUGCUUCGCACCAGCAGCAAUGCGGCCACGAUCUCCAUCGGUGGCUCUGGAGAGCUUCAGCGGCAGCGCGUCAUGGAAGCUGUCCAUUUCCGCGUACGCCACACCAUCACCAUCCCAAACCGCGGAGGCCCAGGUGGGGUGACAGGCCCCGACGAGUGGGCAGACUUUGGCUUUGACCUGCCUGACUGCAAGUCUCGGAAGCAACCCAUCAAAGAGGAGUUCACAGAGACAGAGAGCCACUGAGGGCCGGGCCUUCUCCUUCCUCUGUGAGAAACCGCCCUGGCAAGCAGGACCCCUCAACUGUAGCCACGGAAACAGCAAGGGCCCUUUGCCAGGCGCCGUUUCCGAAGGAAUGGCAGUCAUGAACUGCCCCUAGGAAACUUCUGGAACUGCCCUACCUACAUGGAUACGAGGCAGGUGGUGGGCCAAAGGCUGAGACAGGGGCUGUCCCUUUGUGGGUAGGUAUGCCCGUACCCACUCUCUACGCCCGUUCUUUCUUGAAGACUCUGCCAUCUCCAGAACAGAGCGAGAGCCUUUUCUCACUCACCCUCUGCCGCAAAGUAUUCUGGCGUCUUAUUGUUCCUGCUAGCUGUGAGCGGCCCGGCCACCAUGUCUUCUGCAGGUUGAUUCCAAACUGUGUCUUGAAGGUGAAGUCUGGAGACAGCCUCUGUAGGAUGUGGGGAUGGAUCGGUCCCUCAUGUAUGCCAUUCUGCUGGUCCCCUGAGUCUCCUGCCCAGAACAAAAUCAGAGUCCAGGGGAGGCUGGAGGACCAGGGGAAGCUUCUGGCAUCAACACUCAGCCAGCACCCAAAACAUGCUGGCCACGGCCUCUCUAUGGACCUCUCUCAGCAGACAGAGGGACAGUGGGACUCAGACUAUUGAAAAUUGAAUUUUCAAUAUUUGAUAAAAUGUUACUCUUUCUAUUUGAUGGGUCAACUUGCUUUCUUCCUCCCACCCCCACCACUCUAACUUUCCCAGCAUUCCUUUCUGUGAUCAACCUAGUGCAUUCCUGGCUUUUCCAUACACUGUUGUCAGCAAGCCUAGGAAAACCGACUGUCUGUUGCCAGGAUGGUUGGAUGGGACAGUAAGAGAGAGCACAGCUGUGGGAGGGCAGGUCAAAGUCCAGCUGUGAGAAGAACAUCUGUCCUGCCCAGCCUAAAUGCUAGCUCAUCCCCAUGGGGGGAACCGGGGCAGCUGCUGGGGGCUUCAGCCCUCAUGGUGUACCCCAAGGACAGAGUGGCCUUGGAGAGACAGCUCCUGCUUAUACUCAGCCAACGGAGCUCUCUCUGCCUGCCAGAAACUGUGAACUCCUGCAGCGAGAGCCCUGGCAGUUCCUGCAGGAAUGGAGGACCACAGGGAGCCCCUGAUGCCAUAAAGCCUGAUGCGCUGCCCAGACUCUGCGCGGCCAGCCAUUCCCCUUCGGCCUGGCUUUGGUUAGCAUGGCCCAACAGAGGCGGUGAAGACAAUGGGAUGGUAACACAGUCAGCACCACCAGGACUGGCUUCCUAUUGGGCUGCCUCCUGGGAGCACAGGAGCAGACACUGCCAAUCUUAGCGGGCUCUGCAAACUUCAGGCUGCUAUCACCCACACCACACUUUGUGGGCCUCUGAGGGGCGGGGCUUGGGUGCACUCAGGGUAGGUGCAGGCACCGGGUUGCCAGAGAUCAGCUGAUCAUGUAGGCUCUUCCAACUGGACAGACAUUGACAGCUUAGCCUAGGGGAGGAGGUCCUAAGCAGGCCUGCACCCAGAUGGUCCGCAGCAGCUACAGCCGCUGGCUUAGAACUUCUUGGGUGAAGGAAGUGGCCAUCCUGGCAUAUACUAACACACCUCACAAAGCGAGGGCAAGUAUACCCUUCUUGUUGCACAGAGGAGCAAACCAAGGCUAGACAGACUGCAUUGCCUGCCUACGGCGUCAGGUCACAGUAGAGGUGGGUGACACUCCCGAGGCACACACAGCCCUAUGCUACCUCAGGAUCUACACUGAGGUAGCACAGGGAUAGCAUAGCAUACUGUAUCCUCACUCACGGCUCUGUGAGCCCCACUGAGAAGUGCUUGAGUUCCGGGGUCUUACACAAGUAUAUCUCAGGCAUUGUCCAGGAGGAGCCAUCCUAAGCACCCCACUUCAUGCUCCUGAGAAGGGUUAGGAGGACUUAUUUAAUGGUGGCUGUCAACAGGAAAGAACCCAUCUGAGGACUCAGAGCUAUGUGUCUCCUCAGAGUGCCUCAAGUGCCAAAGCUGCCUCAAGAGCCUUCAGGAUCUGCCACACUUGAAGGGAACCCCCACGGACUAUCUCCAGAGAAUAAAUGUCACAGGAGCAAGCCUUGCCAUGCUGAGAACACGUGUAGCUCUCCAGGAACCGGCCUUUGGGUCCAAAAUAAACUCUGUUCUGCAAAACACAGAGAGCAAGAGAAAGCCAAUCUUUCAGUCACCAGGAUUCCCGGAGCGCUGAUGUGGUAGACCGGGAGUGAGUUUGGGGGUGACCUGGAGACAGCUGUUGAGCAAUUGCGGGUACCUCGAGGCUGGACAAGUAGCCAUGCCACACAUCAGCCUCUGUGGUCCCAGGAAGCUCCGUGCCUCCAGCUAACAGCUCUCUCUCAUGGUCCUCCUGCACUGCUUGCCCCAGCUAACAGCUCUGGGUGGGGCUGCUUUGAGGUCACGGCAUUGAGCUUGCAGCACCAGCCCUGGAUCCCCGUGUGAGAAUCCUGCAAGGGACAAAAGUUGCUACUUAGAACAGCAUUUCAGACAGGGGACAAAAACCAAAACCAAACUGUCCAUUUCCAGUGUAACGACAUGCUUCUCCAGGCAGUAUUGAUGGAUGUAGUCC